AUGAUUUGGGAAAAACUACCGGAACCUGUCUUACUACAGAUUGAACUAUCUAAUACUGACGACAACUCUUGGACAUUAGAUACAUUUCGUCAAAAAUUGAAUGCAUAUAUUGUUGCAAGAGAAAGAAGUGAGAAAAAGAAUAGCAUGGACAAAAAUAAAAAUAAACCGACCACCGUUGGUACACAAGGAAACCCCAAUACUGAGUUUAAGAAACAAGCUCAUGGACCAAUAUCAAUCUUUGGACAUAGAGGACCUACUAGUACGUUUGGUCCCAAGAGAAUGUCCCUAAUUGAAAGAAGCCAAGUAACUUCAGGCGAAACUCUCGUUUCAAAUGAUAUGCAGAGGAGACGUACAAACAACAACUCCAAUAAAGACUAUUCUACAUUCUGUAGAUAUUGUGAAAAACAACAUUGGAGUGACGAAUGUCCCAAGUAUAGAACAAUUGAAGAAAGAAAGAGAGUGUUAAAAGGUAGCUGUUACAUCUAUCUAAAACUUGGACAUAAAUCCAGUGAUUGUAAAAGAGGUAAGCUGUGCACACAUUGUGGUGAAAGAAAUAGUCACCAUAGAAGUCUGUGUCCAGCAAAGUUUAAUAACUCAACUACAAGCUCACAUCUAUCAGGUGAAGUGACUGAUGAUACAACAAAUGAUGUCGGUGCUUGUGGAACUGGUAAAGACAUACAGAAUCCUACUACAGAAAAUGGAUUAGCCUCUUUUUCGGAAAUGAUAUUGAUGCAAACAGUUAAAACAAAGGUAUAUAAUCCGCAGAAUGGUAAAGAAGAAGAAAUAAGAAUUCUGCUCGAUUCAGGUUCACAAAGAUCUUAUGUAUCUGAUUCAUUAGCAAAGCGGCUCGACAUGAAAUCAGAAGUUAGUGAAAACAUUAAUGUUAUGACUUUUGGUUCUGACAAGUCAAAAAAUAUCAAGACAAAGAGAUCAUCAAUGCAAAUCAAUACAAAGAGUGGUGAAAAAGUUGAUGUUUCUGUACAAAUAGUGCCUGUUAUCAGUGGCGCAAUUCAUAGAAAACCUGUUAGGCAUCUCUCUGAAAAUGCCAGUGAGAUUCUCAACACCAUUGAAAUGGCUGAUACAAUAACAAAACAGCAUGAAACGUGCGAAAUUGAAAUGUUAUUAGGUAAUGAUUAUUACCUAGACAUUGUACUGUGUCAGAAACUCGAAAUACAGCCCGGUCUUUAUAUAUUAAGUUCAAGAUAUGGUUGGAUAUUAACGGGACGUGUAAAGAAAGAUGAACAAGAAAAUCAAGACAUAAACAUGUUAAUUCUGACACAUGGAGAAAAAAUGACCAAAUGUAAUUCAUUUACCAGUAUUGAUAAAGAGUUACAUAUUACUCCAAACUUGGAGGAUUUCUGGAAAGUGGAAUCCAUAGGAAUCAUGGACAAUCCAGACCUGUCAUAUGAUGAAAAGGCUAUGACAAUAUUCGGAGAUACAAUUUCAUUUUCUGAAGGCCGCUAUCAAUUUAAAUGGCUGUUUAAAUGUGAUGUACCAGAUCUCCCUGUAAACAGAAAAUUAGCAUAUGGUCGACUACUUUCUGUUGUCACCAAACUGCAGAAGAAACCUGACCUGAUGGUCAAGUAUAAUGAGGUUAUACAAGACUGA